CGGUGACUGUUGUAGCUUGCACGUGCAGGUUGUAACUUGUAUUAUCGGCUCAUUCGUAGUUCGUACGUAACUUGCGAGCCGAGCACAUGGCAUAAUAGUUAAAAUACAUUUUAAAGAAUAAUAGUGACAACAAUAAAAAUGGGUUCACCUGAACAAGAUAGCCACCGACCAGGGGCAUUUAAAAAACCAAAUAAGGUUCAUAAAACUGGGAGGCAUCGAAGCAAAGGUUCAGUUGCCGGCGAAAAUAAAGGUCGUACUGGAGUUAAAAGUCUGUCAAAAAGCAUAAAAAAAGAUUUGGGCAAAGAAGCACGACGCAAUCAACUUCAACAAAUUCGUUCACAUAAACGUGAAGAAGUUUUGAAGAAAAAACGUAGUUUAGGAAGUGCUCAUAGUGCUCCCAUUGUAAUAGCAAUUAUACCUUUGCAAGAAGAUUUACGAGUUGAAGCUAUUGUAGAAUUAUUUAUUAGUGCAGAUGAAGAAGCCACUGUUAAACAUAGUGCCUCUGCAACACACAUUAGCAUACCUAGAUUUAAACAGCGUUUUGCUAUUGUUGUACCAACAACUAGUGAUGUAUUAUCUACAUUAGAUGUAGCAAAAGUAGCAACAACAGUGAUUUUUGUAACAUCAGCUGUAUAUGAUUCUGAUAAAAGCCAGCGAAAUGAAGUUCUUGAUGCAUGGGGGGAAGAAAUCAUUCAACCAGUAAUAUCUCAAGGAUUGUCAACACCUAUAAUAGCUGCAGUUAAUAUUGAAACUUUGCCUGUGAAGAAACGACAAGAUUAUAAAAAUCAUGUUCAAAAGACUUUAUUCAAGUGGAUGCCUGAAGAAAAAAUUAUGCCCCUUGAUAAACCAGCAGAUGCCUUGAAUAUUUUAAGACGUGCAGGUUCGCAAAAACAAAGAAGUGUGGCCUACAAAAAUAAGAGAUCUUAUUUAUUAGCAGAAGAUGUUAAAUUCAACUUAGAUGAAAAAAGCAAAAAUAAUUUUGGAACUUUAAAAGUAUCUGGAUAUUUACAAGGACUAAGUUUAUCAGUAAAUGGUUUAGUGCAUAUACCAGGAUUUGGUGAUUUCCAAAUGAGUCAAAUUGAAAAAUGUAGAGAUCCUUUCCCACUCACAACUGAAAGGCAAAAUUUAAGAGAUGAAGAAAUGCAAGAGGAUAGAAUAGUCAUUGCAGUAGCUGAUCCAGAAAAACAGGAAUCUUUAACAGCAGAACAUAUUCCAGAUCCAAUGGAUGCUGAGCAAACUUGGCCAACUGAUGAAGAAUUAGCUUUGGCCGAGGCAAAGCAGACUAAAAAAAUAAUGAAGCGUGUCCCCAAAGGAACUUCUGAAUAUCAAGCAGCCUGGAUUCCGGACGUAGAAGGAGAAGAAUAUGUUGAAGAUUACAGUGACGAAGAAGAUGAUGAUAUGACUGUAGAUGAAGCUCAAUCUGAAGUGAACAGUGAUGAUAUGCAGCAAGGUGAAGAUGAUGAAGAAUAUGAAACAAUUUCCAUUUCAGAAUCUACUAAUGAACAACGUUAUGAUGAAAAAAUGGAUAUGUAUGAAGAAAGAGAAGCUAUGCUUAAGUUGCAAGAAGCUAAACUUGAUUCUCAGUACCCAGAUGAAGUUGAUACCCCAUUAGAUACACUGGCAAAAGAUAGAUUCCAGAAGUAUAGAGGGCUAGAGUCUUUCAAAAAUACUCCUUGGGACAAUAAAGAAAAUUUACCAUUUGAUUAUGGUAGAAUAUAUCAGUUUGAAAACUUCGAGAGAACUCGCAAACGUAUUUUCAAUGAACGUUUAACACUAGAUGAAGUUCAGCCUGGAACUUAUAUAACUAUUCAUGUAAAAAAUGUUAGUCAAGAAUUAUUUGAAGCUUAUAGAGUCUUAGAUCAGCCACUAAUUUUGUUUGGAUUAUUAGAGAAUGAGCAUAAGAUGUCAGUUUUAAACUUUGUCUUGAAACGAACAGCAAACUGCGAUAUUCCAAUUAAGUCAAAAGAACGACUCAUUUUUCAAUGUGGAUAUCGUAGAUUUACUGCCUGUCCCAUUUUUAGUCAACACACAAAUGGAAAUAAACAUAAGUUUGAAAGAUAUUUUCAACCUAAAACUACAAUGGUGGCUUCAGUUUUUGCUCCAAUAACAUUUCCACCAAGCCCAGUACUAUGUUAUCAAGAAAAAAAAGAUGGUUCACUGGAAUUACUAGCUACAGGAACUCUUCUCUCUGUGACUCCCGAUAGAAUGGUAAUAAAAAGGGUAGUAUUGAGCGGAUAUCCAUUUAAAGUUAAUAAAAAAUCAGCCGUCAUUCGAUUCAUGUUUUACAAUCGUGAGGACAUAAUCUGGUUCAAACCAGUAAAACUACGAACUAAGUGUGGUCGUAAAGGUCACAUAAAAGAGCCCCUGGGAACUCAUGGCCAUAUGAAGUGUAUAUUCGAUGGUCAAUUAAACUCUCAAGACACCGUUUUCAUGAACUUGUACAAAAGAGUUUUUCCAAAAUGGACAUAUGAACCAAUGUUGCUUAACAUUACUUCCACAAAGCCUGCCAGUAUGGAUAUGUAGGUUGGUUAAUGGCUAAUGUAAAAACUGUUGUCUAUUUUGUUAUUUUUGUACAUAUACAAUAACUAGAACUAAUCAGAAGUUUUUUAAAUAAAAUAUAUUCAAUAAUA